CGGUUCCGCUGCUUCCUGGCCAAGGUGCACGAGCUGGAGCGGCGCAACCGCCUCCUGGAGAAGCAGCUGGCGGGGCUGCAGAGCGAGCGCGAGCGCCGCCUGCGCUACAAGAGCCUGGGACGCGAGCAGGCCGUGCAGACGGACGGGCCCGGCGCCGCCGCCGCCGCCGCGCCGCCCUGCAGCCGCCUGCCCGGCACCAUCUGGAGCUACACGCAGGUGCGGCGCACGGGCGGCGGCGGCCUCGAGACCCUGCAGGGCCCCGGCGUCUCCUGGCUGCACCCGGACGGCGUCGGCGUCCAGAUCGACACCAUCACGCCCGAGAUCCGCGCGCUCUACAACGUGCUGGCCAAGGUGAAGCGCGAGCGCGACGACUACAAGAGAAAGUGGGAAGAGGAAGUGACUAGAAGGAUGAGCCUGGAAUCUUUGGUGGAAACCCUGCGGGAGGAGGCGCAGGAAGCGGAAGCCCUGCAGGAGGAGCUGAAUGCAAAGAUGGAGCGCCUCAAGGCCGAGCUCGUGGUCUUUAAGGGUCUGAUGAGUGAUCCCAUGACAGACCUGGACACAAAGAUUCAAGAAAAGGCCAUGAAGGUGGACAUGGACAUCUGUCGGCGAAUCGAUAUCACAGCCAAGCUGUGCGAUGUAGCGCAGCAGCGCAACUCGGAAGACGUGUCCAAGAUAUUCCAGGUGGCCUCCAAGAAGAAGGAGCGCAAGCUACCGUCGGACGACGACCUCUCCGAGCAGGAUGGGGACAACAGCAGGUUCUCUGACGACGAGGUCAGCUGCUCUUUGAACAUCACGGACGAAAUGAAGCGCAUGUUUAAUCAGCUACGUGAGACCUUUGAUUUUGAUGAUGACUGCGAUAGUUUAACGUGGGAGGAGAACGAAGAAACGCUGCUUCUCUGGGAAGACUUCACAAACUGCAAUCCGUCCAUCGACCUCCAGGGAGAGGAAGAAAAUCUGGGGAACUUGAUCCACGAAACAGAGUCUUUUUUUAAAACAAGAGACAAAGAAUACCAAGAAACAAUAGGACAAAUAGAGCUGGAGCUGGCCACGGCCAAGAGCGACAUGAAUCGCCACCUUCACGAGUAUAUGGAAAUGUGCAGCAUGAAACGGGGCCUGGAUGUACAGAUGGAAACCUGCCGUAGACUUAUCAAAGGCUCUGCGGACAGGAAUUCUCCGUCUCCCAGCUCCGUAGCCAGCAGCGACUCAGGAAACACAGAUGAAAUUCAGGAUGAGUUGGACAGAGAGGCCGAUGUGGAACCCAUGGUCAGCUGAUACAGGAUAGACGUUCGUUCCAGCGAAAGGGAAUAACGAAGAAAAGCUUAACAAACGACAUGUGGAUGGAGGAAAAAAAUAGGAAAAAUAAGAAAAAAAAAAGACUUUUAAGCCCGUGCACAGGGUCUCUAAGGACUCAUUCCUACACGCAUCCCCCCCACCCAAGGAUUGGUGCUGUAAAUUUCUACUGUUAUACAAAUCAUAACUGCAGAGUCCUGUAAGAAAACACAGUGUUUUAAUUGUGCCUUUGCCCCAAGCUGAGCCACUUUGAGCUCCAGUGGAAUAUUAUCAGCAGGUGUUUUUAUAUUUAAAAAAAAAAAUACUAUAAAAAAAAUCUGGCAGCAGCAGAGACUGGUGCUGCAAAGGCUCUGGGUAUUUCAAUAAGCUUAUGGUUUCAUUGAACUGCUGCACUGAUUGGCAAAAGGAGCCCUGGCAGACUGGGAAGUGAAUCCAGGACAAUUCAGGUACAAUUAAAAAUGUCUGGCAUUAAAAUAGAGAAAAAAAAAAGAAUGCCUCCAAAUUGAACAGAAAACCCUUUAAAAGAAAAUAAUAGCGGGUUUAGAGACAGCUUUUAGGAUUAAGCAGUUCCGCAGUAUUUAGAGG